AUGGAGCCCCUCAGAUCCCUGCUCUCCUUGCCUGGCAGUAGCAAAUCUUCAUUUGGGAUACCUAGAGGAGCACCAAAUGCGUCAAUAUUACCAGUACCACUGGUUACAGAGGAAGAUGAAGAGCAAGAGGACAGAGAGAGCACUCCCACUAGACAGGUUUUUUUGGAUGAAGACUAUGAAGCUGGAGGAGGAGGGGCCAAUGAUGUCCCCGGAGUCAUUGGAAGCCAACCUUCAUCCUCCCCAUCUAACCCAUUCUAUUGGACUGCUGUAUUUGACUAUGAGGCCUCUGCAGAAGAUGAGCUGACCCUAAGGUUAGGCGAUCUGGUCCAGGUGCUCUCCAAGGACUCUCGAGUGUCUGGGGAUGAAGGCUGGUGGACAGGAAAGAUUCAAGACCGUGUGGGCAUCUUUCCCAGCAAUUAUGUCACUACGACACAAAGCUUCUCUAGCAAACUACAAUGCAAGAGAGUAGAAGAGCUACCUUGCUACCCAGCUUCUGCAAUCCAGUGUAAGAAUUUGUGAUUUUAUUUGGUUAAACUUUGAAUAAUGUGAUACGUUUUCUUUUAAUUGCGUUCAAAAGAGCAUCAGUAUGACUGUUUUUACACUACAAUACUAAUAUUCUAAACUCUGUCCUUUUACACACGUAUUGUGCCACUUUUUGUGUAAUGAAAAAUAUAUUUUAUGUGGAGUACUUAACCUAUUGCUGAAUGUCUAAUGUGUAUAUAUAAUGGAGUUUGACACAAAAGUAUUCUAAAUUAAUUUUCUUUUAUUUUUUUAAAAUAAUUACUGCAUCAUGUCACUUAGAUAACCAAUAAUUUUAGGUUACUAAUGGUUCACAGUAUGUGCAUAUUUCUGUUUCAGCUUGUUAAAGAAUAUUAUCUUAUGGUUUUACUUACAAUAUUCUACUUUUAGUGAUUUUAGGAUCCUAAAAUUCAGGGAGUACCAGGUGUCAUUUGACUAUAACUCAAAGGGGUACUGUCACCAUCUAGGAACUUUGCCAAAUUCACAAAGUCCCCCAACGAUGUAAUGGCUGCAAGUGUUCCUGUGGUCAUGGGGGCAGGUAAAGGUGAGAUUACUUACCUGAACAUGUCACUCACGGGCACAGCCAUCUUUCUCGCACUGCUCCACUGCAGAUUUGACGUCCAUGGGUGACCGUGCAUUUAUUUUAAAUCAUGGUUUAGUAGGUAUGCAUUUUUUUUAUUUUAUUUUACAUAUCAAAACAGCUUGCAAUAACUGCAUAUCUCUUCUGCUGCCUUUGCAAGCCCUCCCCUUCUUGUCACGUCCAGACUUUCUGUGACUGUCCAAUCACAGACUUGCUAAUGCAGCUCAAUAAGAAGUGCAAAGCAGGUACUCUGGACAAUUGGCUGCCUCGAGUUUCAACUCCACUGAGCAAGACAAACCAGAAUGUAACAGGAUGAUGGGGUGUGAUUUGGUUAAUUUUAUAAAGGUGUCUUUUUUUUGUAGUCUGGAGUGUUCCUUUAAGGGCACUCUGCCUGUAGUAAAGUGAGUACCUGAAAAAAGUGAGUUUGUCAGGAUCUUUCAUUUUCUCUGGCUUUCAUGAGAGUUGAUUCAAGAGCUUGGCCCAGGGACAGACUCUCAACGUGUGGUCAGUCUAAGCACCAUAACUAUUACAGUACCCUGUACUAGUUAUGGAUCUUAGACUGACCCUUUAAGCUGGCACUGUUCUUUGCAGUGUACUUGCAGGGUCUCGUACACUAGUUAUAUUUGUAGUUGUGUUGGAGAAUUGUGCUAGUGAAUGUUAGACAAAAUUUAAAGUCUGAUUCAAAAUCCUUUUAAUCUACACCCAAACAAAUUAAUUAGAACAAGAUUAGCCUGUUGAGUUUUAUUCAUUGAAAAAGUUCUGCAGGUGAAUCCCAGACAAAUGGAUUAGUUUGCAUAUGAAUAUUUUGAUUUGGGUGCACUGGUUAAACAAAUAUUUGCACAGGCCUAGAGAAUAUAAAUAGUGGUAAGGCAGACUUGCACCAUCUACCUCUGAGAGAACAUAAUUUAUAGGGAGCCUGUUCUAUUAAGUGACCUCCAUAUUUUUGAUGUGAUAUCAGCAUUUUAUUGUAGGCAUAAAUGUGAGCCAUUUUUGCUCCCUCUGGUUAGCUCAACCCCCAUUAUCGAUGAUAUCAACCAAUCAAAUGAUUUUCCAUAGAGAAUUAUGUGGGAGGCUAAUGCUCCUAAACGGAAAUUGCCUCUCUGCAUCAUUCAACAUCUUCUCACAAUGAAGCAUUGUUCCAGUGCAUUUCUAAGGGAAGCAUAAAAGCGUCUUCAUACAGACUGUGAAGACACAUCGGUUCUGCAAAGAUUGUAGGUUUAUAAUGGGAAGCACCACUAGUGACUGUCUGAGUGACAGGCACAAGAAGUGUCCUUAGGGACAAAUCUAAAUACUGCCUUUUCAAAGAAAAGGCAGAAUUUACACUUAAGAAUGUAGGAGCAUUCCCCUUGCACCAAAACCAACAUUUUAAAGGAACAAUCUGGGCACCAUAACAACUUUAUCAAAACUUAUGUUGCCCAGACUGGUCCUUUAAUGGACCACUAUAGUGCCAGGAAAACAUACUCUUUUUCCUGGCACUAUAGUGCUCUGAGGGUGCCCCCACCCUCAAGGUCCACCUCCUGCCGGGCUGGAUGGAGAGGAAGAAGUUAAACUUACCUCUUUCUCCAGCGCCGGGCGGGGAGCUCUCCUCCUCUUCUUCCCCUCUUCGGCUGAAUGCACAUGCGCGGCAUUCACAAUGUUUUCCUAUGGGCGCUGGCGUCUUCUCACUGUGAUUUUCAAAGUGAGAAACGCGGAAGCCCUCUAGCGGCUGUCAAUGAGACAGCCACUAGAGGCUGGAUUAACCCUAACAUAAACAUAGCAGUUUCUCUGAAACUGCUAUGUUUAUAGGAAAAAGGUUAAACCUAGCUGGACCAGGCACCCAGACCACCUCAUUAAGUUGAAGUGGUCUGGGUGCCUAUAGUGGUCCUUUAAGCUGUAGUGGUUCUGGUUUUUAGAGUAUUCAUUUCAAAUAAGCAAUCUUAUGUGUUCAUAAAGGGGACUCUCUAAACACCAUGAUCUAUGCUCAUUGCAUAUGUUCUGGUCCAAGAAGGUCCCCUGCACUCGUUUGCAAAAAUCUCCACAGAUUGUGGAGUGUGUCCCUUAUGACAUGGAUGUUAAAGGAAAUUUUAUUCGUUUGGCACUAAAAAGCUGUCACGGCUGUGCAUAUAAAAUGUACGGACUAGGCAAGUUCCUCAUAGUCUCCUCUCCACUCCAAACUGAAGUUGUGUGCAUGCAUGUUUUGGCAGUCUAGAUAAAAAAAAUGCUUUUUUUUUUUUUUUUUUGAAUUCUUUAUUUUUGCAACGGUAUGGAGUAGACAAUGCAUAAGGUUUGGCUCGUGCAAGAGCGUUUCAAAAGUACAUACAUAUGUCAGGUGCACAUGAGGAUUUUUAACAUCUCUACUUUCAUCCGUUGUGGUUGUUGGUAUUAUUGUUUCAACAAGAACAGUGAGUAUAGAAGAACAACAUAACUGAACUGUGGGCCGGGAUACCGGUCAUCUCGGUCCAAACGGUCGUGGGCAGGGUGGGGGGAGAGAAGUUGAGGUAGAUUGGGGGGGGGGAGAGUAAGGUAUGGGAGGGGAGGUUACUGCAGUCCAUCGUUAGCGUUUGGAACUCCUUUCUGCUACAUGGUCUUAAUUGGUCUUACUGGUCAUUAUAGGUCUCCCACGGUUCCCACGUCUUAGUAAAAGCUUUGGUUGUGCCCCUAAUUUGGGCCGUGAGUUUGUCCAUUAAGUGGCAUUCUUUGAUUUUGUUAAUCACCAUUGCUACUGAGGGUGUGUCCUGCUGUAGCCAGGUCUGGGCUAACGCUCUCCUGGUCGCUAAGGUUAUUUUGUUAAACAGAUGCUGGUUUGGGUUAGACCAAUUCUCCUGAGGUCUGGCCAGUAGGACCGUCCAAGGGUUCAGUGUUAUUGGCCUAUCAAAUAUUUGGGUCAUGAGGGUUCGAAUGGCCGUCCAGUAGGUUUUAAUCUUAGGGCAGUGCCACCACAUAUGGGUGUAUGUCCCUCUCUCCCCACAAUUGCGCCAGCAGAGGUCUGUGGGUGUUUUGUUCAUGUGAUAUAACUGAACAGGGGUGGUAUACCACCUGAACAUCGUUUUGUAGGCCUGCUCUUGCAUCGUGACGCAAAUAGAGGUUUUAGCAGUGGCCUGCCAUAUGUCCUGCCAGUCUAUCCCCUCUAAUGUUUCCCCAAGGUCGGUUUCCCACUUGUCUGUGUAGUGGAGGGUGCCCCAGUCCUGUGUAGUGGAGCAGAGAUGGGAGUAUAAGAGGGAGAUCAAUCCCUUUUGGUAGCGUUCGGCCAGGCAUAUGUUUUCAAAGAAUGUUGGUUUAGCUAGUGCCGCUCUUUUAACAGAUUCCUGGGUGGCAUAGUGUCUUAGCUGGAGGUAUCUAAAGAAAUCUGCGGGGGUUAGGGUUGUUCUGGUUUGUAAUUCAGCGAAGGUGAUUAUGUCGUGGCCUAUGUAGAGUUGAUGAAUUCUUUGUAGGUCUGCAUUUUCUAGGCCUUUGAAAUCUCUGGGUCUCAUGCCUGGAAUAAAUGCCCUAUUUCUGUAUAUGGGGGUGAGGGGGGAGGACGAUGUUGUUAGUUCGUAUUUUGUGGCGUAUUUGUCCCAGAUGUGAAUCGAAUUUGUAAUAGCUGGGCAGGUAGUCCUCAAAAGUGCCCUGUGCUCUUUCGGGGUCCAUAUGUAAAACUGAGGGAGGUCCGAUUUCAUAAUCAGGGAUUCCAGGUCCACCCAUCUCCUGGUGUCCGGAGGGGUGUGCCACAUCGCUAUUUGUGUCAAGUGGGCUGCAAUGUAGUAGAAAUGCAUGUGUGGUAGGCCUAGUCCCCCUCUGGGCUUGGGGCGAUAUAGAAUAUUACGGGCCACUCUGUGUCUUUUGUUGUGCCAGAUAAAGCGGUCAAUGGCCUGCUGUAGAGGCUUUAAGUCUUGUUUCGUUAUGGGGAUGGGUAGGGCCUGGAAUAGGAAGAGAAUACGCGGUAGGAUGUUCAUCUUUAUUGAAUGUAUCCUGCCAAUCCAGGAUAUGGGUUUAUCCGCCCAGGUCUCCAUGUCCGUUAUGAGUGUAGUGAUUAGCGGGGAGUAGUUAAGUUGGUGUAGUUUCGUGAGGUCUGCCGGCAGUUUUAUGCUGAGGUAGGAGAGGUAGGUCGGUGCCAUACGUAUGUGAUAGUCUGCCGUGAUUUGGGUGGCCUCAUUCUGCGUGAGUAGUAUUGGGAGUGCGCUGGAUUUCUCCAUGUUAACUUUGUAGCCUGAUAUUGUACUGUAGUUUUGCAAGAGGGGCAUCAGCGCACGCAUGGAGCGGAUGGGGUUAGUUAAUGUGAUGAGUACGUCAUCCGCGUAUGCGGAGACCAGGAACUCUUGGCCUGUUAUCUUUGCUCCCGCAAUUUCGGGGUGUUCUCUGAUCGCCUGUAAAAGGGGUUCGAGUGUUAGUGCAAAAAGUAACGGGGAUAGGGGGCAGCCCUGUCUAGUUCCGUUAUGGAUGUUAAAUCGUGGGCUGUUUGCUCCGGUCAUCUGUAUUUGGGCUGUCACGUCUGUGUAUAGCGCCCGUACUGCCGUGAUGAAGGUGGGGGGUAUGUUUAGAUGGUUUAGUAGUGUGAACAUGUAUGGCCAGUUCACCCUGUCGAACGCUUUUUCAGCGUCUAGGGAUAGGGCAAUCGCUGGUGUGUUGGUUGUAGUAAGUGUCCAUAUCACGUCUAUGUUCCGUCUGGUAUUUUCAAAUAACUGCCUGCCGGGUAUAAACCCGACUUGGUCUGCGUGAAUGAGCCGCGUGAGAUGCGGGUUCAGUCUCGUCGCUAGUAUUUUGGCAAAGAUUUUACUAUCAUGGUUUAUUAGUGAUAUGGGUCUAUAUGCUUCUGGUAGGGAGUGGUCCUUGUCUGGUUUGGGUAAGAGUAUGAUAUGUGCUUGUGUCAUGUCCUUGGUAGGAGGGGUUCCCUCGAGUAGUUCGCGGAAUAAAGUCUCCAUGUGUGGGAGCAGUAUCUCGCGAAAGGUUUUGUAGUAGCUCCCCUCGUAGCCGUCAGGGCCCGGGGCUUUGUUGCUCUUCAAGGAGGAUAUAGCCAUAUUGAUUUCGUCAGUUGUGAUUGGGGCAGAUAAUUCUUCUAUGGCUGCAGUGUGGAGUUUGGGUAGGUUGAGGUGUGCUAAGAAUUCCGACGUCCUCUGGCAAUUUGUCUGAGUGCGUGCCUGACCCUGGGGGGUGUGGUUGUAUAGGGCUUCGUAAUAGGAGGUAAAAAUCUGCGCUAUCUCUGUCGGUGUGGUUUUCAUGGUGCCGUCGGGGGCUCGUAUGGAUGUAAUGUGUGGGCGUUGCGUUCUAGGGCGGAGUGGAAAAAAAUGCUUUUAAUAGGGCAGUUUUUCAUGACCCAGAAGGAGAGCUGGGAACUAGUAGCAGACGACCUCCUUGGUGGCUUCAGGUUUGGAACAGAUGCCUUGGAGGUGUGUGAUGGCACUGGGGCUGUUUUCAUUAACUGGAAUUUAGGACAGAGUCCAUUGUGUCAAAUCCAGAAGAGCAAGGCAGAGGGUGUAGUCAAGAAGCUGGACAGGUCAGUACAGGGAACAAAGGGGCAGGAACUCAGAAGAGGGUCUGAGUAGUACAGCUCUGGGUCUGAGGUGUUAGAGUAGCUGACCACUGCUGUGAGCAUGCUAUUGGGAAUUAUAGGUGCAGCCUGGUCCUGAAAACAGCCCUUUUUUAUGUGGGUUGUGCAUUACAUGAGUCCUUAAAGGGUGCUGAUUACGCUGGUGCCUUAUUGGUACAAUUAACACCAGCAGCGAUGCCCGGGGCAUCGGUAUUGCAUCGCUCUGUGUCUUUGCGACUAAUUGACACUGACAUUAUGCCUGCUGUCAUGGUGGACAUGAACACGUCACCCGUGCCGCGUGAAAGAUACCAAGACACCCAUGUACCCUGAGAACGCGGUAGAUGACAUUACCUCAGGCCACCAUGAUACUGUACACAGUACUUCGAAUAAACUGAGAAAAGCUAUAAUACGGUUGUUCUAAUCACUGGAUUUACUUAGUGAUUUGUUCGAAAAUUAAAAUUUUACUUUGUGUUUUGAUACUCCUAUUAUAGCGGGUGCUAUCCAGUGUAGUCAGCUUUAGCUUAAUGUAGUGGUUCUGGUGUCUAUAGCCUGUCCCUGCAAUGUAAAUACUGCAUCAGAGAAAAGGCACUGUUUACAUUGCUGCCUAGGAACACCCCUGGUUGCAGUCAUUCAGACGGCCACUGUAGUUGCUUCUUAGUCCAGUGUUUCCCGCUCUGAAUGGAGACACUGAACACUCCCCAGAGAGAUGCAUUGAUUCAAUUCAUAUCUAUGAGGAGAUGCUGAUUGGCACAGUGGUUUUUUUUUUGUUUGUUUUUUUCCUGCCUCACUGAGUUUCAUCUCAGUCGUGGAGGUGGAGCGAGCUGUGGCAAGACAGGUUUGGCGGUGGAGAAAAGAUGAGUAAAAUCAUCUUUUCAAAGGGAAGCAAGGGCUGGGGACCUAAACAGCCAUAUCAGGUUUAUAGUGUCAGGAAUAUAUGUUUGUAUUCCUGACACUAUAGUGUUCCUUUAACUUUAAACAUUUUGUGAUUUCCACGAUUCUUGAAGAAUUUUAGUAUCUAUAAUGUCAUACCUUCCAAUUGUCCCUAUUUAGAAAAAGGACAGUUGCUAUAUUGGGCCCAAAUCCAAGUGUCCCUCCUUUCUUUUCUAGGAAAUUAAGAAAUUUAAUUAGAAUUGUCUUACCUUGGCUACAUUCUUACUCACACCCCUUGAAUGAAAGUGUCCCUCUUUGUCCUUUUGAAAUGUUGGAAAAUAUGUAAUGUAGCAUUAAAAAUAAAUAUAUACAGAAAAAUAAGGUGUCUAGAUGGUGCAAUGCAUUUUCACAUGGUUUGAACAAUAAGUGGACUUCCAGGAAAUACUGUGUGAUAUAAUCCAUGCUUCAUUGUGCCUGUAGAGGACUAGAUCACAUUUGCAUUUGAAAAUCUGGAUUAUUUUUCUUUUGUGCCUUUAAAAAAAAUUAAAUAAAAUGUUUAUAUACUUUGAAGGAGUUUUACACACAUCCAUAACUUUCAUGGGUCUUUGCAUAUUUUGCAAGCACCUCAAAGUGACAGAUCCUGUGUGGGUCUGAUGGCCAUGGGGUGCAGGGGAAGGUAAAAAUUACUCAUCUCAAGUUGUCACUUGCAGUCACCACCAUCUUCAUCUCACAGCUCCUGGCACUUCAGUUGCUUGGAGCCGCAACAGUGCUGUAUUCUUGCUCAUAGGUCAAUGCCCGAGUCCCACAGCUGUCGCUUGUGAUGGCUGCAGUUACUUGUCAACAGUUGAUGGUGGAGCUCCACCUUUUGUCAACCACAGGUUUGUCCAUAAGAUAAGGAAACAUUGGGAGGCUAUCAAACAUGUGCGGCACAAACGCCACACUGUGCCAGUCAGCAUCUCCUCAUAGAGAAGCAUUGUAUCGGUAUAAGUGCCUCCUGGCACCACAACAAGUUCAUUUAGAUUAAGUUAUUUUGGUGCCUUGAGUGUCCUUUUAAGGGCAGUUUAUAAAGGGUGGCUUUGAAAUCAGCACCUUUUUGUAAUUUACAGUGGAGUGCCUGUAAUAUAAAAAUAUAUAAUGUAUAUUAAUUUCCUCCUCCCCCACUAUUUACCCAUUGCCAGGUAAAGGUCAUAUUGUGGCUUCAAAGGAACAUUCCAAACUCAGUAACCACUACAACAACCUGCAGUGAUUAUGGUCUCAGGAGUGCAGUGAUUCCCCACCCCCUAUUGUAAGUAGUCAUGAGGUCUGCCUGUGAAAAGCUUGGCAGUAGGGGGUGCCAAGACACCAUAACCACAGCAUACUGUAGUGGUCAUGGUGCACGGAGUGUUUCUUUAAUACAACUUACUUUAAAUUGACUGAUUACUGGUAGCACAAUUUUCUUAUCUAAAGAUAGGAUGGAAACAGUGAUAUUUCUUUUGUUAUGACUACACAAUGCAAUCCAUGUAUUUAUUUGUAAGAGCGGCAAAUACAUUUCGCGAUGUCUUAAUGCUUUAUUCAUCAGCCGACAUUCUCAACCAAUGAGCUAGCUCCGCACUGCAGGGCUUGGCUCAAGAGAGUGAACAUAAGCUUCUGCUGACUCUCCAACUGAAGUAGUGGAGAUUGUAAGCAAUGCCUGGCGGACCCCCAAUAAGAAGUUAAACCUUUCUAAAAUGAUUUAAUUGCUUACAAUGGAAGGUGCCCGGAAAUCCUGGCACGAUAAACACUACAUAGCGCUAUAGUGGUUAUGAUGUUUGGAGUGUUCCAUUAAAUGGUAGAUUCUCACAGAUCAUGUGUGUUCUGAAAAUCUUUGUUUUUCUACUUUCUCUUUCAGUAUUAGAAAUCGAUUUUACAGAGCUGGUCUUGGAGGAAAUCAUUGGAAUUGGAGGCUUUGGGAAGGUCUAUCGUGCUAUUUGGGGAGAAGAGGAGGUGGCUGUCAAAGCAGCCCGUCAUGACCCUGAUGAAGAUAUCAGCCAAACCAUUGAGAAUGUCAGACAGGAGGCUAAACUGUUUGCAAUGCUGGAUCAUGCCAACAUUAUUGCACUACGGGGGGUGUGCUUGAAGGAACCUAAUCUUUGUUUAGUAAUGGAAUUUGCCCGAGGGGGAUCAUUAAAUAGGGUGCUAGCUGGCAAGAAGAUUCCACCGGAUGUCCUUGUGAAUUGGGCUGUGCAGAUAGCCAGAGGAAUGAAUUACUUGCAUGAUGAAGCUAUUGUGCCAGUCAUACAUCGUGAUCUGAAAUCCAGCAAUAGUAAGUACAGCUGUAUUGAAACAAGUGUGUGUAAAUUUAGAAUUAAAAAAAUGGGUGUUACUGCAGUAGAAAGAACACUUUGUAUAAUUCACAAAUCUUUAUGUACAAGCAUUCCUAUCUUAAGAGAACUUUUAUACAUAGCUGUUAGUUUUUGCAUGGUGGUUAAAACAAUAGUCCUUUUCUAUAAAUAUUCUUGUCCCUCUGUCUUAAAGCAGCCUCUUGCUUUGCCACGGAUCAGUGCACAUCAUUUACACAAAAAGAGUCUCUCAUUAAGCAGGAUGUGUUUCAAUGUAUUUAAUCUGUAAUUAGGAACACAGGACUUGUUACACACAAAUAAUUUUUUUUCCUCUGUGCAAUCCCCACUCAGUCCUUAAACUAGUUUUAGCUCACUUUGUGUCAAUACAGAGAGAAAAUAACAACUUGCAUAUCGUAAUGAUCUCAUGCUAAUGGCCUAUACAGAUCCCAAAUGCUGGCUUGCUUUCUCUGCACUUGACAUGCAGCAACCCCACAUGACUGUUUCAGCCUUGGUGGGUCUUGUCAGUGAGGUGUGAUGGGUACUGUACAAAUAGAUUAACUAACCUGAACGCUACCAUCUUCUUCUUUCACCUAACUCGUCAGCUCCUGGUGUCUUUACCUUCCAGGAGCUGCCAUCAGUAUUGCAUUCUCGCACAUGCUUGAUAGUAGAAUCUUGGGAAAUCUAUGAAAAAUCUGCAUUCCAGGGUUGUACAUGGUCUGCAACAAUUUUUAGGUAUGUGGUACAUGGAAAAGUAACAUCCACAUGAAUGCCAUGACCCAAGGUUUCCAGCAGAACAUUGCCCAGAGCAUAACAUUCCUUGCUUCUGCCUAUCUUCUUCCCACGGUGCUUCCUACUGCCAUCUUUUCCCCAAGUAAACGACGCGUGCGCACCCGGCCAUCCACCCAUUCUAAAAGAAAAUGUGAUUAAUCAGACCAGACAUCCUCUCCAAUUGCUCCAUGGUGCAGUUCUGACACUUAUGUCCCCAUUGAAGGCACUUUCAGCAGCGGUUAGGGGUCAUCAUGGGCACUCUGACCAGUCUGCGGCUACGCAGCCCAGUAAGCAGUAAACUGUGAUGCACUGUUUCUUCUGACACCUUUCUAUCAUAUCUAGAAGUUUUUCAGUAAUUUGUGCUACAGUAACUCUUCUGUGUGAUUGGAGCAGAUGGGUUACCAUUCGUUCCCCAUGUGCAUCAAUCAGCCUUGUGCUCCCUUGAUCCUGACGCCACUUGCGCCACUUUGUAAUGGUAUAAUUGAUAAUAAAAUAGUAUAAGUGGUGAGAGCACACACAAAUAGUAAAUUAAUUUACCCUUGUAUUCCAUAGAAUCCUGUGAACAUAAAAUCAGAAAAAACAUAGGGUAAUAACGUCCAGAUAAAUUUAAAAUAGUGAAUAAAUGGACAAACUCACAUAUUGCUGAGCCAUUUAGAAGCUGGUUGAGACUAAGAGCGUUGAAUGGAUAAGAAGUAGCUGGAAUCAAGUGCCGACUGUUUACUUGUCCCUUCUUUUAAAAUGCCCAGGAUGCAGGUUCUUUUUAAAAAGGUUUUAGUACAAGGUAAAAACCGCAGCAAAAAAAUAGAAAACAUCAAUCUCCCUCUCCACACACUGACGCGUUUCAGUCGAAGUUUUUUUUCCUUUACAGGAUUCUAAUUGCAUACAAGGGUAAAUAAAUUUUACUAUUUGUGUGUGCUCUCACCACUUAUACUAUUUUCACUUAUUUUAUGUGUGGUGGAGUGACCCACAUAGGUGAUUGUAACACUCAUAUGUUUUUGUUUUUUUUUGUUUGUUUUUUAACCUAAUAUACGCACUUUUUUUUUUUUUUUUUUUUUUUUAUGGUAUAAUUGAUGUUAGUCACUUAACCUGUCAGUGGUUUUAAUGUUUUGGCUGAUUAGUGUAUGAUGUUGUUGUAAAAGUAAUGGCAAAAAGAGAUUAUGGUGGUCAGAAAUAAGUCAGUUUUUUUUUUUUAACCCUUCAAUGGAAACAUUGUGGUAUCUUUAGGGGAAAAAAAAAAAACUGCAAUGUUUUUUACAUUGCACAUUUAAAGCUACAGGGCCCACCUGACCUUUUCAUUGAAAUUAAGUGGUCAGGGUGCCUUUAAUGGUCCUUUCAAUUCCUCUUGCUUUUAUAAGGGAAGCUGUAGCACGGCCUGAUGGAGGCAUAUAAAAUGCAACUUUGAAUAAAGUUUCAUUGAAUGAAUUGGUCUGUAUUCACUAUGUAUUAUCUGCAAAUGUGCGCUAAACUGUGAAAUUUCUCAUUUGGAACCUUGGCUGCAAAGCAGAACGUUAGACAAUCUUGUUUUAACGUUUAGUUUGUAUAUUACAGAUGAAAAAAUUUAAAAAUAUGUAAUAAUCUUAUUGCUGUGAUUAUGGUGCUUGGCUACAGCUAUAUUUAGCUACACAAUUAUGAUCAUGGGAUACUAUAUCAGUUGUUUUACCUUAUCGGCCACCGGUGUCAUAAUAGAAGUUGUAUCUGAAAAGCCUGCAGGGUAGUAAUGUUCCUGUUUCUUUUCUGUCGAACCUUCUUCCUUUUCAUCUUCUAGCCAAGCUGAGAUGUGAAAUGUGUAAACUUAAUGUCGUGUGCAGCUCUGCCAAGUGUUCAUAA